AAAGCUAAAAAUUUCCUCUGUUUCUCAGAAAUGGCACUUUCCCUCUCACAAAUCUCCCCAUCCCCCUCCUCUUCUUCCGUACCAAUUAUUUCACCAAAACUCCACCCCUCAAAGAUUACUUUACCAAUCAAAUCCCAACCCACUUUCACAAAGUUGAUAAACCACAUCCCACUAGUCACCACAGCCAGAAAACCACGCCCCAUAAUUUUCAAAGCAACCCAAGAAAGUACGAACAAUACUAGUACUUCUGAAGCUGAAACAAAAAGCCCAGGAAAUAAACCGGAAUUUGGUGAUAGAGUCACCCCAGAUGGGAAUUCUAGUGAGGGUGAUGAGGUAUCCCAGUUGGGUGCUGAAAUCAAGAAGGCGAUGCAGGAGAGGGCUGAGAAGGAGCAAGAUUUUUUAUGGAGUGGGGUGGCCGAGGAAGUGAAGGAAAUUGAGUGGCCUGCUUUUAAUAAAGUUUUGGGAACUACUGGGGUUGUUCUGGCAGUUAUUGCUGGUUCCAGCGUCGUUUUGCUCACUGUUAAUGCCAUUUUGGCUGAACUUUCUGAUCGGGUUUUUGCUGGAAGAGGCAUCCAAGAUUUCUUUAGUUGAUGAAGAUGGAAGGAUAAGGAACAGGGUAUGGUUAUGGAGUUGCGGUCUAUAGUGGGAGAGCGUCUAGCUUGUUAUCCUGGGGCUGCCUUUUAUUUUUGCGUUUUUUUCCCUAAUACGCUGAGUUUUUGCCUUUGCUUUGGCUCUUAUCUUUCCUUUUUAAAUUGAAUUGUUUGCUCAUUUUUAAUGUGAAUCCUUUACAACCUCAGACUUGUAAUUGAAGCAUUCUAAAUUUGUUCAAGGGCGUUCGCCUCACUCAUCA